GCGUAGUUCCGACAUUGGCUCUAAACCUAGUUGUAUACCUUUAUCUAAAAAACCUAUAGAAAAACCGAUUCGCACUUCUACAUCUCCUAAUAAAAAUACAAUAAUCACGCAAAAAUCGGAUAAGUUAAAAACUGAUUCUCAUAGAGGAAAACCGAUACGUAAGAGUCCAGAAAAGUCUAAAAGUGAUACUGAGAAUAGUGGUAACGAUAGAAGACAUCGAGCUCAAAAAGGUAGUGAAAGUCUUAGUGAAAAAUAUCAUUAUUCUAAGAAAAGACUGACUAGUUUAGAAAAUAAUUCUCCAAGAGACAAGAAUGACACUAAGAACUCCUCAUCCAAAAAUGUAUUAAAGCAAAAUUCGUAUGGUAAUCAUAAAGUUGACGCUAGUGUGAGUAUAGAAGAAACGAAAGGCAUUGAAAAUAUGUCUACUCUUCACGAAACAGUUAGACCUCAUGCCAGUAAUUCUAGACUAUCCCAGGAGAUGGAUAGUUUAGCUGCAUUGACGAAGCAGACUUUAGAUAGAGUUAACAAAUUAUCAAAUAAUUUAAAUAGUAAUAGGUUAAAUUUAGACGCGUCUGAAUCAAAUUUCGAAUGUUUAUUUGCAUCAAACUCGGAACAAAAAAAUGACCAUACUAUUAACUAUGGACUUAAUAAUGAGAGGUCAGUUCAGAACCGAGGAGUAUCCGAAAGAUUGCAGGAUAUAGACAGAGCCGCUCAGAGACUGAUUGACUUUGAAAAGCAAAGUGCAAUAUUUUCUGAUCUCAGUGAUGAUACGUCUAGUCAAAACCGCCGUCUCGAUAAUUCGAUGUCGUCUUAUAGUCAUACACCUGUUUCUAUAUUAAAGAGAAAGUCUAUAAACGAAGAAAAUGCUAUAUGUACAGCUAAUCAGGCCAUAGCUUCACCACCAGUAACAUUUUCUCCAAAUGUUAUAGAACCUCGUAGUUGUCGGUUUGAAAACAGACAACGUCAAGGUAUACUAAAGAAACGCCGUAGCUUAGACGAGUCUCAAGUCGCUAGGAGAAGAUCAUGUAGCCCUGAAGUUUCAUUUGCAGAUGACGGAUCGCUAGAUUCAAAUAAACCUAUAUUAAAAAACAGAAGAUCAUCCUUAGAGGACGUUGUAAGAAAUAGAUCGCCUGAUGGUCAUAUUCAAGGUAUAUUGAAAAGAAAAAUGAGCAGAGAAGAAGAUCAUACAAUUGAAGUUAUAUCUCAUGGCUCCCCAGAACCACAUGGUAUUUUAAAACGUAAAUCCAAUUCUAGUUCGAGUAGCAGCACCACAUCAUCUCAUGUGUCUAUUGCACAAGCUGUUCUCUUAGCAGCUGCUGGCGGCGCCGAAAUAAUUGAUGAUGAUAAAGAAAUUGUAAGACCAAUUUUAAAGAAAAAAAGUUUUUCUGAGGAAAGACCCUGUCUCGAGGUUUUGCAAUGUGAUACACCAAAACCCAUUCUAAAGAAAAAAUCCACAGAACAUGAAGAUCAUGAAUUUGAUCUUCCGAAGAAACCAAUCCUUAAAUCAUCUAAAAAAUUGUCCGGUGAUGAAGGACAUACUUCUAGUUUUGAUUUGAGUGAAGACGAUAGAAGCUCACGUAGACCUUCACUUCUGAGAUCCCGGACUUCAGAUCAAUCUGGAUCAGAAUGCGAGGCAACGGUUAAACCUAUUUUAAAGCAAAGAGGUUCGAGUCUUACUAGGGAACGUAGCCAAUCCCCGCGCCCGCGUCUCUCAUUUUGCGCGGACAACGAUACAAACAUUAGUGUGACGAAUUUCAGUUGCGACGCGAACGACUUGUUGGCGGCUGGACCGCGACGAGUACUAAAUCUCGCGCUCGAGCCGGAAGAAACCUAUCCAAGUGCGGUUCUCCGGAGAAGGAAUCUCCGACCGAAAUCGAAUCCCCGAUCUAAAAGUUUAGCAUGUGAUGUAAAUGAUGAAUUGCUUUCAAUACUGAAUAAUAGAAGAAUUAAAGUGGAUAAAAAUUGUGAAAACGGGAAUAGUGAUCCGUGGGAGCAGAAAAAUUGUAUAGAUGGUGAAGGCGAUAACAAACUCGAUGCAUUUCCAUCAAUAGCUGCACGAAUAAAAAGUAUGGAAGAAGCACUUACCGAUGUAAAGGGAAGAGACCCUUCAACCUUAAAAUCUAAAACACGUGAUAAAGAGCGCUUUAAAACUCAACCUAUCACAGUGGAAGAAAUGCGCUCUAUUACUUCCAGUUUGGAGCCGGGCCAAGUGAGUUUCCAAGCGUUCGGCCCUGCUGGCUGUAGUUUUCCGAGUCGUCCCGUCGAGUCCGGUGUUGCUCCCUCCAAUAGGGGCCCCUUUGCGGGGGAACCCGAGAGAGAUCUCUUUACAGACUUCGGAAAGACGUUGGAUUCGCCUCCCUUCGCACCCAGUUCUUUCAGCAUCAAAGAUCCGCUCGUCAACGGGAUACAGGACGGCCCGCAUGUCAAGGACGAUAGUUUCGGCGAGGCGACCUUUCUAGAUAUCGAAAAAGAAAAAAACCGAUCAACAUUGGACCAAAUAGAGCAAGAAGUAAACAAAGUACGCGUUGCAUUAGAUGAAGACUGUCGUGCUUUGGACGAAGACGAGAGACAACAAGCCGAAGCAGACAACUGGAGCUUGAAUGUGUCUUGUGAUAGCGGAGUGUAUAAUCGUGCUUCGUCUAGAGACUCUGGCCCUCAUUCAGGCGAAGAGCUAGGCUUGAUUGAGAGUCAAGAAAUUAGAGAGAAUCAAGCUACAAACAGCAGUAGCAACGAGUGGUCGUCGUCUUCUAUAGAGAGAGGUCUUCUCAACAUGGAUCGAGUGAGAAGGUCCACAGAAACCGAGGUGGCGAGGAGUCCUGAAGAUCUGGUUAGCGACGAUGAUGAUAAUGCCGAAAAUAGUGGCUUCGCAUUGGGACUUGUGAAAAGUAACAGCGUGGUGGCCAGAGCUAGUAUGUGGCAACAGUUACAGCAGCAAGCUAAAGGAACACCAAAGCCGCUGAUCCGCCACAGUCGCUCCAAAAACAAGGAAACAUCGUCGGUGGCCGACCGCUUUAAGACCCAACCGAUUUCUUUCUCAACGUCCGAUGUCCCUGAGCCUUCUAAAGAAGGAUUUUCUCUCGCCCAGUCCAAGAGUACUGCCAACGUUUUGGACAGGGAUGAAGAUGCUAAGUUAGACGAGGACGAUCCAGCCAAACUUUCCAUUAUGGAGAAAAUGAAGAUGUUCAACUCAAAAUUAACCCACAAACCUCCUGUGGCGGGUUUACCGCGGCCCAAAGAGGAGAGAGUACCCCGAACGUCAAGACUGAGAACCAUGCCUGUAUUAGCUAGUCAAGUACAGGAAGCAAUGGAGCAGAACGAGAGAUUGACCAAGUCUCUGACCCACGAAGAAGUGCCACGUAACCCCGAUUUCCAGUUGAAAAUGGAGCUAUUUCGUUCUGCGAGCGCAAAGAACACCUCCCUAGAGUAUCUGAUGCGGCAGAACGCAAAGUUUAGAAGCUUAGACCUCGAAGACGAUUCCCCAUCAGAACGAGCACAGAGGAUGAUCACGCCUGAAGUACGAGGCAUACUGAAAUCGGGGACCACUGUAGUGCCUACGAAACCGAAAACUCUAGCGAAGGGUGAAAGUUCUGAGGGACUUAAAGAUGAGGGCAUCGACAGCUCAUCGGACGACGAAUCUUCUGCAUCCAGUGUGUCGUCAUCAGAGAAGAGUUGCUCCUCUUCAGACAGUUCAGACGAAAUUCCAGGACCGAAACCAAGGAGAUUCCAACGUAAGAGCAAUAAGUUGAAGUCUUCCAGAACAGAUUCAGAUCUAACAAGACUCCAGGAUCGUUACCCUGGCAAAAUACAGUUACCAGGAGCGAAUGAGUUGAAGGAACGUCUGAAUCAAGUGAAAAAUCCAGAAAUGAAGCCGUUACUCGCAAAAUUGGGAAGGAAACCUUCUGAAGAGGCAAAGAAAGAAGACGACAGUACUAGAUAUAGAAGAUUUGUUAAGAAACUCGAUGAGCCUAUACAGCUAGGGAAGUUGAGAAGGCCGGCGGAUAAAACGCCACCUCCUCCGCCGCAAAUACAAGAAAAACCGCCACAAGUACUUAAAAUAUCAGCUAUAAACCAAGCAGCUAAGAAUAAAUUCUUCGGUAUUGAAACUCCUCCUAAGAAGGAAAGGGAUAUUGAUGAGUUGACGGCAGCCGUAAGAAAAUACAUUCCACCUGUGAGCAAGUCCAUAUCAACGCACAUGCUGGAAAUGGUGGGUGGUCCCGGUGGAAUAGGCGCAGCUGGGUCCGGCAGCGACGGCGAAAGCAGCGGCGGCCGCGAGGUUCGGCAUAUCACCUCGCAUGCGCGGCCACGUCACAGGUUGGGCGGCGGGGUCCAACGGAGCGCGACGCAUGCCGAUAUGCCGCACAGAGGGGGCACCAUUGCAGAAAGGUUGGCAGCUCUGCAGGCAGCCGGCGCGAACGACUGGCGAGCUAGAGUCUGCCAACUCAGCCCGGAACGAGAAGACUCCAAAGCGAUAGAACGGGUCAAAAACAAGAUCAAUGAUAAUCUAAAUGCCGCUGUAGAUGAAAAGAAAAAGGUGCACAUAGAUGAAACCGAGCUUGCAACAAAUAUCCUAGCUGACAGGCGGAACAAACUAGAAACAGCUGCCCAGGGAUGGCGCAAACGUGUACCAGAGAACGAUGCGUCGCGUUUCACAGUCGCUGGGCGACUGGAGCGCGACAAAGUGUCGGCGACGCCACCUAUGACACCGCCGCCGGUGUCUACUCCACCUUCGGCUGUUGCGUCUCCCGGCGUGCCUGCACCAAACAAGUUCCGAUCUCGAAAACAAGGCACGUCGCCCACGAACGGGUUCGCGUUGGGUCCGCUUCGUUCAGCGUCGUGCGCUGUCGUCAGCGCGGCCGCGGAAGCGAAACCAAAGGAGAGCACACGGCCUGAUCGCGAACUGUUCAAGAGGAGCCAUUCGGUCAGCGAGAGCAUCAGCAGGGUCGACGAGAAUGACGAGUCUUCUCCGGGCCCUGAGAAGACAGGGUGUCCAGUGCGUGUCCCUCGCGCAGACGAUGAGACCUUCCACGCAUUCUUCGCACCACUCCAGCAGCAGGACAAGACUCCUGAUGCAGCUGUGGACGUAGAUCUGGAUGCCAUAGACUGUGGCUCUCGACAAUUGCUAGCAAGCGAGUGGGCAAGACGCGCAAAACGCGAACGGCGGCAAGCUGGCUCCAAAAAUCCACUGAAAGCUCUCGCAGCUAGGACCGAUCUACGGGAGGAGUAUAUCGCCUCCUCUACUGGUAUACGGGAACAGGUCCUGAAGGAGAAAGUGACGGCCAACUGCGGUCUCGCGGCGGAGGCGCUGGCAGCCCUGGCCAGUAAGGAGGAUUUCGCGCACGUGGCCCUGCGUAGUGCAAAUGUGACCGCCACAACCACACCCGUCAAACCUACGCUGUUACACGUCAAGGGCCGUCGUCGAGUACAGACUAGACUGGUGGAGCCUGUGCAUACAAAUGUGAACCGCGGCGAUUGUUUCGUGCUAGUCACCCCUGAUCAGGUGUUCCUGUAUAUUGGACUCUACGCCAACGUCAUAGAGAAGAAUCGCAGCACUGAUAUAGCAACACAUAUACACAACAGAAAAGAUCUCGGCUGCAAGAACUCAACCGGCGUGAUAAAGAUCGACGAGCACGCUAAGAACUACUCGAACAGGCACUGGAACGAGUUUUGGUCAUUACUCGGCGUCACCAACGAGAUAGAAGACUAUAAGCCAGCGGAAACUGGCCAAGGGGACGAAGACGAGAUAUAUGAGUCUUGCAUCAUACAAACAAACAUGUGCUAUGAGGUAAUAGACGACGAGCUGAUUCCCAUCAAAGAGUAUUGGGGUCAAGUGCCAAAAAUAGCCAUGUUGCACCAGUCGAAAGUUAUCGUAUUCGAUUUCGGCUCGGAAAUGUACAUUUGGUAUGGGAAAAACGUUCCGCUUGAGAGCAGGAGACGAGCUGCUCAACUGGCACAAGAGCUCUUCGAUGACGGAUACAAUUACGAAGAAUGUCACAUCAAUCCAUUAAAUGCAGCUGUACACCAAGGAGCCCGAGAGGAAUCUAAUACUCCCAUCAAAUCUUCAAGUAAUAGGCCCGAAUGGGCCAUUCUAUCCAAAGUAACACAGCACAUGGAAUCUAUCUUAUUCAAAGAGAAAUUCCUCGACUGGCCCGAUUACUCACGGGUCAUUAAGGUGAAACCGCAGGAAAAUAAAUCGAACAGUGUCGAUAUAACACCAUGCGAUGCCGAGGAAAUGUGGUCGAACGAGUACCAAGACCCAGAUCUCAUUUUAGAAGGGUCUCACAUCGGACGCGGCACGCAUUAUUAUGAUAAAGAAGAGAUGAGACACUACGAUAUAAAAACUAAAUCAGUCUGCAAAUGGGUAAUACAGGAGUACGAUUACCAAAAAGUAGAGAAUGACACUGAAAUUGGAGAGUUUUUCUCAGGCGAUAGUUACAUUAUCAGAUGGGAAUAUCAAAUAACGGUAACAGGUCGAGAACUUAACGGGAACCCUUCAAAACAUAACAUAACGGGCCGUGAUCGAUGCGCGUACUUCUGCUGGCAGGGUAGAGAUGCGUCGUCCAACGAAAAAGGCGCUGCGGCUUUGCUCACAGUAGAGCUGGAUAAAGAAAGGGGACCGCAACUAAGGGUUGCACAAGGCAACGAACCGCCGGCGUUCCUCAACCUCUUCCAAGGUAACCUGACCAUCCACCAAGGCAAAAAGGACACAGACAAGAGCCGAUACAAACUAUUCGUAACGCGAGGUAACCUGUCCAACGAAGCGUAUCUAUUACAAGUGCCAUGUUCAGUACGACAGUUGCGCAGCCGUGGAUCGCUUCUUCUCGUCGACACGGAGAAAGGCUGUUUGUACAUCUGGCAUGGUACUAGAAGUUUGAAACACACUAAGAAUAUAGCAAUAGAGUUGGCCAAUAAGUUGAUAGCGCGGAAGUGUACUUAUUUGUUCGGCGAUAAGGUCGGGGAUGUGAAGAUCACUGAGGUCAAAGAGGGAGAGGAGCCCAAGGAAGUGCUGGAUGCUUUGGGGGUGGCCAACAAGCAAUACUACAAUUCAGUGCUGGGCGGCGUUAAGACGGGGGGAGAAUUGACACCUCGUCUGUUCCAUUUCACGGAUCUGGGAGGCCAGUUCGAGGCCAAUGAGGUGUUGUCACCUCUCCGCCAUGAACAUCUGGUGACACCCUUCCCUUUUGAACAAAAGGAGUUGUAUUCGGCUUCGCAACCAGCUCUAUUCCUAUUAGACGACGGGAAAUCAGUGUGGCUAUGGCAGGGCUGGUGGCCUCGAGGAGAAGAUGGGGAACUAGAACCUGCUGAGAGGAAUGCUGGCGUUGGCGCUUUCGCGGCGCGAUGGCAAGCGAUGCGAGUUGCCGCCCUACGAACAGCCGAGGCAUACUGGACUGUAUCGCGCUCUCAUAAAGAUAAAAAUGAGUCGGCCGAUCGUAGUGAGACCAAUGGUAGCAACGAGCAGAGUGGCCGAAGCGAGAAGCCUCAGCAACCAAAUGUACAAGUAGUCGCAGCAGGCCUCGAACCACAACAUUUCACAGAGCUGUUCGACACCUGGCGAGAGCACGACGAAGCCGCUGAAGCGAACAUUGCGCACGGGCACAAGGCGGGCGAGACGCUGGUCGGUUCGUGCGAGCUGUCGCGGCUGGCGAGUUGCGACGCCGUAUUAUCGCUGGCCGUUUUACAACGCCGGCCGCUGCCCGACCACGUCGAUCCGCACCAUCUCGAGCGGCAUCUCUCUGAGACAGACUUCCAGGAGGCUUUCGGCAUGACCAAAGAAGACUUCUCAGUGUUACCCGCGUGGAAGCAAACAAAUCUCAAAAAAGAUGUCGGCCUGUUUUGACCCGUCGGCCUCCGCACUCUCGUACACACGGAAAUGCCGCGUGCGGCGCAAAUGGCUUGAGACCGUUCUCAAAACGACUUUAAUAUCAAAAAAUCUAUACCCAUGCGUUCAUCUUGAGUAGAAUAAAACUUUUGUACAACUACACAUAUUUCGUACUUUUUUACUGAACAAUGUUGAAGGAUUUGAUAGUAUUAAUAUUAAGAGCACGCUUUAAACUCUAUUUGUAAUCGGAACAGUCGUUUUUAUACUAACGGAAUGUAAUGUAUUCGCUCUCGUGAUAUUUUCAUGUAACCGCCGUAGACAUAGACUGUAGUUCGAUAAUACGGAUUUGUAUGUUGGAAUUGUUUUUGGCGGGGAAUGUUAUUUGUCGCAUCCAUGGCAUGGCAUGCUCUAUUAUGUUGUAAAUAGUUGUUUUUCUCUAUUUAUUUAUAAUUACGCGUUAAUCGUAUUAGUUAUCUUAAUAUAUUAACAGCACCCUUUUAAUAUGAAUUUUGCAUAUUUUAGUUUUUGAAAACUUUUGUUUCUUAAUAUAAGUUUGCCAACAUGGAUAUGACAAAAUUGCAAUGCUAAAGUGGUGAUAUUUUUCAAUUUUAUUACGUAAAUGUUAUCAAAUAAUACGCUGCGCUAAUGGAACUUUCGAAUUAAUAGACUUCUCGCAUGACGCAGCGUAUUAUUUGAGAAUAUUGAACAUGUAAUGUAGGACAAAUGUAUCUGGUCAAAGUAUGGUUAAUAUAUCUGUUAUAAAUCGCUAGAUAUACAAACUCAUGUACUUCUACUAUUAUAUACGCUUUAGGGUAGGCUAUAUCUAUGACGGUUAAAGUUUUAUACAAAUUGUCGCAUUUCAUACGUACAAUCAUUUGCCACCGAACCCCGAAAGUAACUUACUACCUGACGUUUGUGUAAAAUUUUCACCGACACAGUACUUCUAUAUAUUUUAACACACCACAUAUCUACUCAUUGCUACUUUUUUAUACUGUGCGUUAGGUGGACCAUGUUUUGAUAUAUUUAAUCUUAAACUAUAUCAGUUUGGAUUUAGCUUGACUUCGUAGCGAAGUGUAUUUGUACUUGUAUGACCAUAUGAUUUGACCUUUUGUUAUGAUAAGCAUAUUUGACUGAGGAAUUAAUACGAUGGUGAAGACCAGCGUUAGUUUGUCGAUGCGAUGCUCGCAUUAGAAACUGCGACAAAUGACGCUAGUCUGCAUCAAGCUCAAUAUUUGUACUUUAAUUUUAACACUGUUGCUAUGUUGUGUACAAUUUUAGAUGUUUAUUUUUUAUAGCUAGCAUUAUUGCUAAUGUGGGUAACCUCGACUGGUCGUGUUGGAGUAAAAUUGCCAGUAUUUUCUACGGUGUUAUCUCAGAGUGACAGAUAAUUCUAGUGAGAACUCUAUGUGCAAUAAUAGUGCAACUGUAAAAGUAUAAAAAUACAGUUAUUCACAAUUUUAUCAAAAUAUAAUUCGUUUUCUAACGCUAAUGUUGUGUUGUCAUGAAAAACUAAUAUUUUAAAACAUUGUAAUUUCUUUUUCUUCAUUUCUUAACCUUAUUAAAAUAAUUUUCACUAUUAGAAAUAUUCUUCUAUGACAUUUCCUUCCUGUUUCUACAUCUUUCUUUCAUUUUACUCUUCGUAUGCAUAAUAUAUAAUAAAAAAACAAGUACAUAGAAUGGUGAAGUCUCUUGUUGUACUUAGUAUUCCUCGACUAUUAUUUGUUACUCUGAGGAUGUAAUUACCAAUGAGUAGUGUAACUCUAACAAGUCAUACCUUAGAUGUUAACCUAUAACUACGAAUAACCUACAUUGUGUGACUUAUGUCCGAUGCAUUUACGGCCAAUCCUACGUGCCUAGCGACAUAAGCGUAUCUCUCAAAUCCAAUGUUUAAUGUUUGCUUUGGUUGUGUUAACUAUAAUUAUUAUUGUAUUGAGAUUUAUUUUGUAUAAUAAUGUAAUAAAUUGCUAAAAUUGAU